GGUCUUAGAUUACUGCAAUACAUUGGAGCGCGAGGUCGAGUUGAUUUGGCAAUCAGUGUUCUUAUUUGCCCACUAUCAUAUGUUCAUCUUGACCAUUCCGAGCAUGAUCGGGGAGUAGUUGGUCUAUAGAACUUGGAAUGAUAUUUAAUCAUAUCGUAUUCGGUUUCGUCGGCUUAUGAUAUGUCACCAAGCGUAUGUAAGCGGGCAAAUUUUGCUAGCGGAGUCCUUGGAACAUCGGCCGUCGUUCUCACAGAAGCAAUUCUUGUUCUUCGAACGUCUGCCGUUUGGCAUGAAAAUAAGGGGCUCCAUUUCUUAUUGUGGUCCUUGUUUUCUGUAUGAUUUAUUCUAUCAUAGCUUUACUUGAUGUGAUGAAAACAACUUGAUGGCUGUAGGCUAUACUUAUGAUGACGAUAAUCACCUCCUUCAUGUACAUUGACCUUUUGGUUUGUGAGUCAUCCUAACCGUUAUUUCUUUGCAUUAGUCAUAUAGUUUGAGAACAAUCGUCCAGUUACCGAACUCGCAAGGAUGCGAUCCUAUACUGCACUCGCACGAUACCGCGUACUCAGUGACAGUCAUGGCAUGUGUCAUAUUUCUUGAAACCUGUAAAUUUCUAUAUCAAAUCCAAGUUUCAUAUAUCCUUGCCCAACCCUGUCCAUAGUACUCUCAAGCCUUCUGCUUUAUCGAAAGGUCAAGUUCCUCCGCCACGGUAAGAGUCCUCUAGUCAGGACUAUCUUCAAGGAUGGAAUCAUCUUUUAUUUCUGCACUCCAGAUAAUGUCCUGCGGGCCUAAGAUUUAUCUUGGACAUGCCAUACUACACCUUGCACAGUGCUCUGGCGUGUCGCGUACUUCUCCACCUACGUUUGCCCAUAUCACUCAGCGGUAUCGCAACAAUCAAUCAUUCUUGUCCACGGGGCCCGUUUCCGUAGCAGAUCAUAUUUGAGCGAUCGAGGUUGAUGGUUUGGAUUCGGCGAGGACAGCAAGUGUAAAACAGAAGAACAGAAGGGGUGUCGUAUAAAAACACAUUCAUGAUGAAGAUGUUCAUUAAAAGGAAACACUUGGGGGCCGGGGGAUUAAAUUUUUCAUGUUUGGGUUGUUCUAGUAGAGCAAAAGGGAAAUCUGAAUGCACAU